AUGGAAGAAGAACGUCAGUCACUAGGUCUUGAGGCAAAACCCAUGCCAUGUACGAUCGCUGCAAACAUUGCUCUUAAAGUGGCCAAAAAGCAUGGUCUUUUCAAGUUGGCUUCAAAGUUUUAUAAACUAUUUCUGACAGCCGCCCAUGCCGUUGGCGUUGUGAAAAAUGAGAGAUCAUUCAGUUUAUUGAAGAUUGUAAAAAGUUAUUCACGCAAUAACAUAUCUGGAAAACGUUUGAAUGAUUGCAUGAUCCUUGCCGCUGAAAAGAAUAUCACUGAUGUCUUUGAUGUUACUGCGAUCGCGAAAAAAUGGUCAAUCUUGAAAAACCGCCGAUUGGCGAUUGCUUGA